UUUGUCACAGCAAAAUGAACACGAUGACAUCUCCAGCAUUGGCUCUCUAUCUCACAUGUCUGUUGUGGGGGGAAAUGGCUCAGACGACAGCUUUCUCUUCAUCCAUUCAAGAGAGUCAUUUUGUGUCGGGGAAAACGGGGGAGGAAUUGACGUUGCAGUGUUUCUUUGAAGGCAUUGUUGCUGCAAGGCUUUACUGGUAUAAGCAAAAGCUGGGAGAAAAACCAAAGCUCAUCUCUAGCUUCUACAUGUAUGAUCAAAAGACAUAUUUUUACGGUGAAUUCAAGAACAUUUCACGCUAUACAUUGAAUACUGAAAAUGGUAACAAUCACCUGACAAUCGCAGACUUGCACAUUUCAGACUCAGCUACCUACUUCUGCAUGAGUUGCUAUCUAUACACAUUGGACAUUUCGGUGAGCACCACUGUCAGUGUAAAGGGUUCAGGUUUGAACGUCCCAGUUCUGGUCCAUCAGUCAGCAUCUGAGACCAUCCAGCCAGGAGGCUCUGUGACUCUGAACUGUACAGUUCACACUGGGACCUGUGAUGGGCAACACAGUGUGUACUGGUUCAAAGACUCUGAAGAGUCUCAUCCAGGACUCAUUUACACCCACGGAGGAAGGAAUGAUCAAUGUGAGAGGAAACCCAUCACACAAACACACACCUGUUUCUACAACCUGCCGAUGAAGAGCCUGACUCUGUCUGAUGCUGGGACCUACUACUGUGCUGUUGCCUCGUGUGGACGCGUGCUGUUUGGAGACGGGACCAAGCUGGACUUUGAGGAUGAGCUGCACUCUGUUCUCUGGGUGACUCUCUUAAGUGGAGCUUUGACGUUCACCACCAUCCUGAGUGUCUUACUGGCUCUCUCAGUGUGCAUGAUGAACAAGGGGAACAGCUGCCAGAGCACAGAGUUUAACGCAAGAUGUCCAGCUCCCUCCACAGCAAAUGCAAUGGGUCACCAACCAAAAGAAAUCCUGUAUCAUGCGGCUUUAAGUGUCCACCUGCAGAACGGAUCAAGAAGACAGAAGGAUCAGACCUGGAGUGAAUGUGUGUACUACAGCGUGAAGCAGUAGAACUGGACGCACUACAUUUGUACUUUUGAGCUAAAAGGGGUUUUCUUUUUUAAAGUGUAAUGGAGAUGUAUAUCUCAGUUGGAAAUAAGCAGAUUGUAUAUCUUCUUUUGCAGCCAAUAUUAAAUGUUUAUAUGCUUCGCUCGUGUGCAUAUUUAGGAUAAUCAUUUGUUGUCUGUGUGGUCAGGUUAUCUUUAAACCAUGUAUCUAGAUUAUUUUAACAAAUAAAUGUGUUUUUACGACUUAAUCAGUAUAUUUAGAAGCUCAAGUUUACCGACUAUGGUAGUCACUCAAACACUUCUAACUUUAAGAUCAGCUUGUACCUUUUGUGUUUAUCCUUGUUGUUUCCUACCAACUCACAUGUGGGUUUUGGUUUGUGAAAUUUUGUGUGGAACAUUAAAGAAUGUUAACAUGUUCGAGUAACAACCCAAAUACAAGAAUGAGUCUGAAAAUGAGCAUCAUA